AUGGCGAAUCCGACCAUCAUUCAGUUGCAGCCUGGUGAUAAAGUUGGCCGGUUCACGACGAUGAAAAAAUUAGGAGAGGGUACUUUUGGUGCCGUUUAUGCCGUAAAGGAUGAGCAAGGGAAUGAGCACGCAUUGAAAGCAGAAUCGGUUACCGAAAAAGUACCACUUCUAAAAUUAGAACUGUUCGUUAUGCGUAAACUUCAAGCUAGAAAGGCUGUGCAUAUGGCGACACUCAUUGAUAAAGGGCGACAUGAAAAUUUCAAUUAUAUUGUGAUGAAAUUUCUCGGCAAAUCAAUGCAAGAUGCAAAAAAGACAGGUCCUAAUGGCCAUUUAACUCUUGGAUGCGCCAUCGGAGCCUCGAUUCAGUGUCUCGAAGCGCUCGAAGAAUUACAUUGGUGCGGAUUCCUUCAUCGUGAUGUGAAGCCAGGCAAUUUUGCUGUCGGCAGAGCUGAUUACGGAGAACUCAGAAAAAUCUAUGUGCUCGAUUUUGGGCUGUGUCGAAGAUUUGUCGAUGAUAAUAAUAUGAUGCUUCAACCACGCAAAAAAGCGCCGUAUCGUGGAACUCCCCGCUAUGCUCCGAUGGCCUCUCAUGAGGGCGCCGAGCAUGGAAGGAAAGAUGACGUCGAAAGUUGGUUCUACAUGCUCGUCGAUUUUACAAACGCCUCCUUGCCGUGGAAAGUUGUGUCGGACUUGAAGGAAGUCGGAGAUAUGAAAAAGAAUGCCCGACAGCAACCAAUGAUCAACCAACUAUUUUCCGGAUGCCCAUUCGAUGAAUACAAUUUGAUUUUAAAGCAUAUCGAUGGAUUACAAUACUUCUCUGAGCCUAAUUACGGAUUGAUCUACACAACUCUUCGAAAAAUUAUGAAGACCAAUAAUCUUCAGGAAUUUCCUUAUGAUUGGGAAAGUACUUACGCGAAAUGA